AUGGGGAGCACAAUAAGAGAAACAGCUAGAAGAAAUGAAGUUGAUCUGCUACGUGUGGCUUUGGCUGGACUUCAUGGUGAAUACUGCCAAGAUGACAUAAAUGAAGCUUUGGUACUAGCAGCCAGUAAUGGAAAUUAUGAGUGUGUUGAAAUCCUGCUAGCUGCUGAGGCUGACGUUAAUUCUGUUGACCUAGAUGGAGAUUCAGCCUUAAUGUUGGCCUGUUCAAAAGACUAUAUGAAAAUCGUUAACCUGUUAUUGUCCUAUGGAUGUAAUGUCAAUUUAAGCAGUCAUUGUGGCCAGACGGCUUUUCAUAUGGCUGCUUACCAUCAACACCAAGAUAUUGUUGAGCGGCUACUCACCAUUGGCAAUAUUGAUGUGAACUUGCAGAACCGGUAUGGAGACUCGCCACUCAUGUUGGCCAUUACGUCCGGUCAGGCUGAGAUUGUGAAAUUACUAAUUCAUGCCGACGCCGAUGUGAACUUGCGUAACUUAGAUAAGGACAGUUCUUUGCAUUUUGCUGCCAAAAACGGAUUCUUGGAGAUAGUCGAAAUGCUUCUGGAAUGCGGCGCCGAGAUAGAUGCCCAAAAUCUGUGGGGUUACACACCCGUCUUGCAGGCUGCCAUGGAAAACCACUGGGAGGUUGUACAGAAGCUGAUUGAAAACAAUUGUGACAUUCACAAAGCCUGCCAAGCCGACAAAACCCCAUUACACUACGCUUCGAACCGUGGACAUGUCGAGUGUGUUAAGAUAUUGUUGGCCGCUGGGGCCGACCCAAACACAUGCGACUUCCAUGGCAGUACACCUCUGAUGGAAGCAGCUGUCUAUGCUCGAAUACCUGUGAUUAAACUUUUGUUACAUGCUGGUGGUGAUGCAACCAUCAUGAGCAGCACCGUUUUGGCCGGGAGGUGGACCUCUGCAUUACCAUUCUGGGCUGCUCUCCCCCACGGGAAUUUGGAAUUAACCAAAGUGUUGUUUCUUGCUGGAGGCAUCAGCCAUCCUGAGCUUCAGUCUGUCGUGAAAACAGGACUUUGGAAUUGGACAGAGAACAAUGUGUUGAGGGACUGGCUGAUACAAGUUGCUUCCAAGCCAUUACAUCUGACACAGAUGUGUCGGCUAGUGAUACGACAAGCAAUGCCCAAACCAGUGGCUAAGUGGACUCAUUGUCUGCCCGUUCCCAAAACAAUCCAGGAAUACCUUAACUAUAUGGACAUCCAAUAA